AUGGGCCAUAAGAAAGAAGGAAUUUCUCCUACCUUAAAGAAAAAAAUAGUUCUACCUACUCUAAAUGCUUCUAAUUUGAGCUCUGCAGCUGCUGGUACUUCUACAACCUCGGCUCCUCUAAAAAUCAAAAUACCGAGUAAAUCUUUACACGCGCAAUCGGCCAGUACAGAAGAACGACAAAGACAGCAAACAAACGAUGGUACAAGAAAAAAGCAUAUUUUUUUAGGCAAAAUACCCGACGAUGAAGAGCCUGAAGCACCGAUUGAAGAACAAUUUAUUUUGAGGUUAAUGGUACCUGAAGAUGUAAAGCAGCGUUUCAGAGAGAAAGUGAGAAAACAAAAGUUUGCUCCUGAAGAUGUUGAAAUCAUGUUUAAGGACUCCCGUCGUGCAAUUUUCACGUUCGAAAAUCAAAAAUAUAGUGCACGAUUAGUAGAUUUGCCUUGUAUUAUUGAGGCACAAAAAACCUUCAACAAUAAACAAUUUUACAAAGUUGCUGAUGUUUGCCAGAUGUUAAUAGUAGAAUCACCGAUUGAUACUCAAGAGGAGGUGCAUCUUUUUACUGAAAAUACGGCAUCUUCAAGUAUCGAUCAAUUUGAAUGGCCUGAUGGGUUAACACCACCCUUGAAGAAUGCUAGAAACAGGAGAUUUAGGAAACACAUCGAAAAAGAGGUCGAAAAAUUAUUACAUGAUGAUUCAUUGGCAGAGGAGGUUAAAAUUGAAGCAUUGCAAGAGUAUGAGCAGGUUUUAGUAGAAGGGCAGGCCAAUAUACUUGAUGAAUCAGAAAAUGAUGAGUUUGCUCAAAACGAUGAUAUUACUGAAGAGUUUAGAAUUGGAUUAGAUCAAUUAUUGGAGGAUGAUAGUCAUGAGAGUAAUGUUGAAGAUGUUGAAGAAUCUGAUGCAAGUGAAACAGAUUCUGAAGAAGAAAAUCAGGAAGAAUUGAACAAACUCUUUUCAAGCCAAAGAGAAUUAACAGCUGAAGUGACGAAGUUGGAAGCAAAUUUAAAUAAAAAAUUAUCUGAUUUGAGAGGAGAGAUUAAUGCUGUUAUGCAGGGUCGCAUUCAAAACCAGGUCAAUACGCUGUUAACAGAAAUAGAGCAGAAAAAAACUUUGUUGGCUGAAGCGGCACAAAGAGUAACUGAUAUUAAAGAAAAGAUGGAAUCAAAA